UGCCCAACUUCAGCUACAAUUAAUCGGUCAUCUAUUGUCAAAUAUUCCUAUUUUUCGUUUUAUUGGAAUUUAAGAAUUUGCCCACAAUAUGUCGCUGACGCCCUUCCUGCGCCUGCCACUCACCGAUUUGACCGGUUGUCUGAUCAAUCAUCAAACCUACGAUAAAUGUGGCAAAUUCGAAAUGAAAAUGAUGGACUGCCUGGAAGCCUACGGCUUGGAACGCGGCAAGAAGAUGUGCGCCGAUCUCAUCGGCGAUUUCCAGGAGUGCGUCGGCAUGCAAAAGCAGAUACUCCGCUUUCACGCCAUGCGAAAUGAGCGCUACAGGCAAUGGCUGGCCGGUGAGCGCAAGCGGGAGGAUCUCUUUGCGGAACCACCACGUGUAGAUGCAUAUUAAGCUGCUGGCAAUCGGGGAAUAAUAGCAUAUGUUUAGCCCAAAUAUGUUUUAAAAAUAAAUGAAAGUUAUGUACGAAA